AAAAUGACGUUUAAAAACAAUGUAACUUGUGAUUAUUUCUGAUUGAAUAUUUAAAUAAAAAAUUAAACAGAAUGUUUAUAUUGUGUACCAAAAUAAGUAGCCCAAGUUCUAUUCGUAAUAUUGUAUAAAAAAUAUGUGUUCAAUAAGGAGUUGAUUAUACGUUUUAUUUCUUUUUUCUAACUUGUUUGUUGAUCGAGAAAAAAAUGACUUCUGCAGACAUUACAUUGAUAGAAAGAUUACGAAAAGAUAAUUUGGACCAGUUUUUUACUUUAGUGCGUAUGCAUCUAUCUUUUGUUGUAGAUAUUAAUACAGACGAUGUUGAUUGCUCAACUGACAAACCAAAGCAGUUCCGUUGGAAUUUUCACAAGAAAACGAAGAGUUCCAGUUCGAAUUCUAGUCAAAAUAAUGCUAAUAUAACAAAGAAUAGUGUUGAAGUAAACUCUAUUACUGAAGACGGAAUAUUAAGGGUGAAUGAGUUGAUUGAUUUCCUGUCUAAGCCCGACAAUGUGACACAAGAAGGUAUAUUCCGGCGCACCGGCUCACUAAACCGUCAGCAGGAGCUAAAGAAUCUCCUCCUCAAUGGUUCCAAGCUUGGUCUGGAUGAUGGGAAGUUCUCUGUCCAUGAUUGUGCCUCUGUUUUAAAAGGAUUCCUGGCUGAGUUGCCACAGCCUUUACUAAUGGAUCAGUAUUAUCAAACAUAUUGUACAUUAGCUGCACAAUACCCACCCAAUGCGGAUUCGUCAGAAGUGAAAUUGCUAACUGCAUUACAACUGCUACUACUCCUCUUGACUCCAUCACACCGGAGUUUCCUCCAGCGGUUACUACGGUUGCUGCGACUUGUGGCGGAUAAUGAAGCUUCGAACAGAAUGUCCCCAGAUACCUUGGCUACCAUGUUCACACCACAUUUGCUUUGUCCAAGAAAGUUAUCUCCGGAAACGUUCCACGCGGACGCCAUAGCCCUGUCCCCGGUCAUCAGCUUCAUGAUCCGCCAGUCGUCGCGCCUGUUCGCGGCGCCGCCGCAGCUGGCCACGGACGCGGCCGCCUACUUCACGGUGCGGGACAAGCGGCGAGCCAUGUCGCCUGAUGUCGACCUCGAUGAGAGUAUCACGGAUAAAACAGCGGCCAACACGGUGUACACGUUCGUGGACCGCGGCCGCACCCGCGCCGAGAACGACAACAACCCCACGGACACGGCGCUGGCGCAGCUGUACGCGCACAUCCAGGCGCUGCCGCACUCGCAGCACAAGCGCAGGCUCAUCAAGCACUUCAACCGGCAGAACGGAUACGGUACACCAAUACAAAUACAAAGGACAGGUAAAGUAGCUGGUUCUAGAAGUUUCGGCGACUCCAUCAAACGACACAUAUUUAAUAAAGGGCUACUAAACAAAACACCGAAAAAAGGUUCAGGAUCGAAUAUUAAUGUAAUUGAUGAGAAAACCGGAAAAGGGAAACUAAGGUUCACAGACGACAACAAAGUCGAUGUUUCACAUAAAAACAUAGUUCUCAAGAACUUGGCUAACAAAAUAGCGAGUACUGAGUCUUUGAAUGAUGAUUACGAUUCGGAUGCCAGUAACGAAAGUACUUUGUCUGAGGGCGCGUUAAAUAGAUCUCGAAAGCUAAGUCCGAAAUUCGUUUCCGAGCCUAAUUUAAGCGCUUUGGACGUAAACGAUGAAACUCCGAAGAAGAAACGCGGGAACAGACUAUUCAGAUCUAAAAUUGUGUCUACCCAAGCGUUUAACAAGAAGUAUCAGAAACGGAACAGCGUGAUCCGCGGGACUCCGACAUGCGUUUCGUGUUUCGACGACCAAGAUACGGGUUCAGAAGACGAGGUUUCCUUCAUCGAGGAUGACGACAGAAGUCCUGUGGAAGAAACGCCAGUUAAAGCAUCACAGGAAGAUGUGAAGCACUAUUUGACAAGUACGCCGGGGAUUUCUGACGCCGUUGUAUUCAACGAAGACUGUUCGACUCCGUACACUAUCAAUUUUAGAAGAGCCUCUAUGUCGCCUAUUACGAAGUCCACGCAGAAGUUGUCGAAAGCGAUGCAGGAAUCAAUAAUGACGCCUCGUUCGCGCAAGCCCCUUAUAAUAACGUGUGAACAACGCGACAGUAUGCCGGAGACUGAACGUAACUUGAAGGACGAGACCGCCAAAUCCGAUGGCUUGUACCAGUCGAUGUCGCCGAAGAACGACAGCGACUUCGUGUCGUCAGACGAUGAUCAUGACGUCACUAGGUCUACGUUUGAAAGAUCAAAUCGAUCAGCAAGCGUAUCGAUACCGCGCUCAAAUACGUACGACGGUCGGUCUAUCGGCGAAGGUAGUCCACUUCGCUCAGAAAACACUCGAUUCGUAAUCAGUCACGAAAGACCACAAGUAGACGACCUAAACACAACCCUAUGUGGAAACGACGAAGAUAUACCAAAAAUAAACGUAUCCUACGAAACUACGAGCGACCAAAACCCAAAAACACUUACCGAACCAUUCAGAGAAUACCUACUAAGUAGAUCGGUAUUAACAGCAACACCAAUCGAUUUAUCGAUUCUAAAUAAAUCGAAUGAUACCGAUGAUAAAAUCAGCGAUUCAUUACUUUAUUGUUUAGAUGGUAACACCCCGUCUGACUUGACAUCAUCGAUUAGCAAUUUGGCCGUUGAUAGAGAAUCGAAUACUCGGUCACCAUUAUCGAAUAUAAAUGUUAAUAUCGAUAAAAGUCCGAACAGAAAACGCGGGGCGAAUUCUUUAGCCUGUUUAGAAGAAUCCACAACGGAGAUUAAAAAGCCGUUGGUAGAAAAAGAGAAUUUUACGUCACAGGUAUUUGAAAUACGGGAAACUGAACUAUAAUUGCGUAAAUAUCGAAAUGUUAUUGAGAAUCGAUAAUAAUCGAUUAGGCCCCAACUAGUUGUGAUUAUCGAUUAAACUGUUAAAGAUAUAUUUUAGUCGUAUUGUUGCUUUGUAGGUUUACGUAAAUAUUGAUGUUUUAGUUUAAAACUUUGUACAUACCCUUCAAUACUCGUUAUUGUUAAUCACAUGAAACAAAUAAUGAUACUAAUUCUGUUGACAAGCAUUCGUUCUCUCUUUCCUUCACAAAACGAAAGAACGGAAUAAAAUAAGUCUGUCGGCAGUCUCAGAAAGACGCUCAUUAUUAUGUUUUACGCAACGGAACUACAAUUAUUUUUUAUAUAUGUAUCGUCUUAUGUUUUUCAUAACAAAAAGUUGCGAACAAAAUUUGUUGGCACAGUUCUUGUUUUAUGUUAUUCUUCAGUGCCUUAUUGUUAAUUCCUAGAAUUUCUAGGUCGAACAAAUUAUGUAAGUUACCAGACACUGCAUAAUAUGUAAGAUUAUUCUUAUUAAGACAUCCGAAUUAUUAAUUGUAUCGCCACAAAACUCAUCCUUAAGUAGUUGGUCAUUGAGGUGAUUUUCGAAAAACAGGAAUUUCGAGAAUGAUCACAUAUUUAUUUUAUCAUAUUUGGUACUAUUGAAAUUGUCAAUUAUGUCGUUUUCAUUGAAGGGACAUCACAAGGGCACGUUUCCUACUAAACUAUUGGCUUAUAGUUGUUAUAUUUCAAGUAAAUUAUGUAAAACAGGUCCAAAUUUAGAACUCAUCAAAAUUAUUUGCUUGUGGUCUAGUGGGAUUUGUGUGUUCAACCCUGUUUUAGUUACAAGUACAUUUAUAAAUAUUAAAUAUAUAAUAUUCGAAUAUAUA